AUGUUUUUCAACCAGAAAAAGGUUUUCAAUCCUGAUGAGCAGAUACCUGACCUAUCGGGGAAAGUUGUUCUCGUUACUGGAGGAAACAAUGGCCUAGGGAAAGAAACUGUAACUCAGCUUGCAAAACACAACCCAGCUAGAAUCUACCUCGGAGCUCGAAAUCAAGAAAAAGCACAGGCCGCCAUCGCCGAUGUCAAGAAAGAGAUACCCGAGGCAAACAUCAUCUUUCUUGAGAUAGAUCUUUCAUCUUUUUCCUCCAUAGCUAGAGCUGUGCGAGUGUUUUUGUCAGAGGGGGAUCGGCUCGACAUCCUUGUCAACAACGCCGGUAUCUUUGCGUGCCCACCGGGUCUUACGGAAGAUGGCUACGAGAUCCAAUUCGUCACCAACUAUAUGGGCCCAGUCCUCCUUACAAGAUUGCUUUUGCCCUGUUUGGAGAAAACAGCUGCAGUUUCAGGCAACGACGUGCGCGUUGUCUUUGUGAGUUCAGCGUUGCACACCCUUGCGCCUAAAGAGGGCCUGGUUCUCUCCGAGGUCAAAACUACACUUGAAAGGAUCAACACGAUGGCUCGCUAUGGCCAAUCGAAGCUUGCUGAGAUGUAUUUCGCUCGAAGCCUGGCCAAAAUCAACCCUGUGAUCACAACAAUCGCAGUCCACCCAGGGGUUGUUCGCACAGGCAUUAUGGACGGCCCAAUGUCAAAUCCCAUCAUGAAGUGGUUUUUGCGGCUUGUAGGAAACGCAACAUCUGUCGAUAUCCCAACAGGGACGCUGAAUCAAUUGUGGGCAUGCACGGUACCACGUGAAACAAUUACAAACGGUGGGAUGUACUACCCAGUUGGCAAAGAAUUCAAGGGGAGGAAGGAUGCACGAGACGAAGAUUUAACUAAAGAAUUAUGGUCAUGGACAGAGUCCGAACUGAGAGGAAUAGGGCUAUAA